AUGUCACAACACACAGAAAAUUUAGACUUCUCCGGACUGUUUAAGUUGGAUGUUCUUGUUCACUUGGACAUAGUGAACCACAGCUUUUACGAAGUUGGCUUAAAGAAAUUUUUAGCUCUCUCAAGUGACAAAGAAUUGAUGUUCCUGUACAUCAACCCACAGUCGGAGCGAUUUGACAGUGUUUAUGACUGGGAUUUUGUGGAUAAUCCUGUUUAUUGUAUGUGCUUUGAACCCAGCGGCACGUGGGUCUUCAUAGUUAGUGAUCAGAAGGUCCUUUUGGUGCCGUUUUUACCACUUUUCAUACCCCAAAACACAUUUGAUUGUAAGUGGUCAUUAUCCAGUGUUACUGUUUUACCAUUACCUGAGAUAUCUCAGCCGACAUCAGUGGUAUGGUGGCUGACUAAGGAAUCAGAAAAUAUCAUUAUUAUUGGUUGCAAGAAUGGAAGCAUAAUAUUCUACGCAUUAGAAUCUCAAAGUAUUGUUGGAGAGACAAAAGUAAAUGGAGAAGUUAAUGAGUUGCAGAUGUGUUUUGAUGACUCGCUUGAUCUGUUGGCAUUACUAAUAUCAAAAGGCCCAUCACAGCAGUGGAAGUUAAUACUAGAACACAGAUCAGUUGGUUACAACUGGCUAACCCAAACUCGAGCUCAAAGUGACAAAGAUAAGAAAGAGAGUUUCAUGUCUUAUAUACGACAACUGUCUAAGGACAAAAUUACAUUUUUUAUUCAAGGAGGAUCUAAGGAUGAAAACAAAACACAGACGGUGGAAUAUGUUUUAAAACCAACUGAAUAUUUACCAACCUUCCGCAAAGGUUCAAACAACUGGACAUUAACAUCUCAGUAUGUUAACGGCCGACAUUUUUUGACUGCCUUUGAAUUAAAUGAAGGAACACUAAUUUUGGAAAGCCCAGCCGAAGAUGUUGCCACAAGAACCCUGAGGCCCUUGAUAAAAAAAGAUGGACAAUACAUUCAAGGACUCUGGUCGCAAAGACUCAUGUAUUUGAUCAGGAAAAAUGAACUUGAAGUUCACAGUGCUAAUUUUUCAACUGUUCAGGGUGAAUCACUCCAUGGAACAAAAAGAGAUUUUUCGGAAUUAUGGGCUGCAGAAGUAAUAGGAGAUGUGCAGAAGGCAUAUCUCAUGAAUGCUAAAGAACCAUCAUCAAUAAAUUUGGGUUGGAGAGAACCCACAUUUAUGUGUGACCUGCAACUACCUCGGUUUAAUUUAGAACCGUGCUUAGUCAUCACUUCGUGUGGUGCCUAUAUUUUGAAUACAGUUUUAGAGCCAUGCGAAUGGUUGGUCGGCCUGAUAAUGCGAGGAGGAGUUGGUGCGGAGCUAUCGGCUGCUGCGCUGGCCGCGCCUGUGCCGACUUUACUGCGCGCUGCUGCUGAUAUGCUCAUGUCGCGAGGAAAAAUCGCCCCCGCGCAAUAUCUCUACUCAUUGUCACAGAGUCAACCAGACGGUUGGAUCGCUCGCUUAGGUGUCUUCGGCCGUAUACACGAGCUAUCCAUGUACAAGCAGACUGGCAAUGUAGGGAGCCUUGGUAAUGCUGCGAUAACGGCGAAGCUUCUGGCUCUAUUGCUCAAGAUCAGGACGAACAGCGAAGAAAAGUUUGAAGUGGACGUGAAGUUCACCAACUUAAGCACACCGGGUCUAUUAGAACUGACGUCAGUAGCAGUCGCUAUUGGACUGUGGGAGUUGGCACCAGUCUUUAGCAUACACCGUGGUCACCCCAACUUACUUCUGUCCGCUAUUAAAUCGAGAAGCGAUGUGUGUAGAGGCGCUAUAACCUGCCUCUUGAGUCAGACUUGUCUGGUACCAAUCCUCUUGGAAGAGAAUGGACAGUGGCUUUUCGACUUUAUAUCGGAGAGAUGCAAUAAAUUCGAUACUAUUGUCUUGAAGCGAUUGUGCUUAUGGCUGAAUCCAUUGCAAGAUCAAUUACGUCCAGUUAUGCGGGAUUUGAAACAAGGAAUAACUUCAAUAUAUGCGACUAGAAUGCUGCAACUGAUAGCUACAUUUAUGCACGUUGCAAGUGCGAUAGAGUCGCGAAUACCUUGCCCUGAAAUAUACACAGAGUGUAACAAAGAACCGGACACUUGGCGCUACCAGUCUCUACCCCGACGCGCUCUGGCUUGUGGAUUGGGUCAUUGGGCCAUAGCUGAUGAAGGAAAUGCGAAAAUAAUGAUUGUGGAUACACCAGUUGAUACAGAGUUAAUAGGCUGCGUGGUGGACAUAGCCUGUGGGAGGCAUCAUACGCUGCUGCUCACUGAAAAUGGGAUUUAUAGCUCAGGAGACAAUUCAUACGGGCAACUCGGCGUAGGAAGUUCUUGGGCGGGCGGUAUUGGAGAUUCAGCGAGCGCCAGUGGAUCUUUGAUGCUUGUUCGUCGUAAGUGGGACGCGCCGCUGACUGCAAUUUCAGCUGGACAUUACCAUUCUGCUGCUAUUGAUCUUGGGGGAAGGCUUUAUACGUGGGGGUGGGGUGUACAUGGCCAACUGUGCUUAGGAAGUAUAGACGACCAUUGCAUACCACAACUCGUUACCAAAUUCCAAGGGAGGAAGGUCCUAAGUGUUGGGUGUGGGGCCUGCCACACAGUCGUGUUAAUGAUGAAUGGAGAAGUGUGGGCGAGCGGGGCGGGGGUAUUUGGUCAGUUGGGAGGCGGGGGGGAGGGAUAA